AGGGCGCUAGAGCACAACAGUAUACAUCAACAUGGCGAACGUACUGUUGCAGUUUUCUUCCGGAAACAGCGUUUCUGACCCGAAUUCCCGGUCUGUUUUAAUACUUGGUCAGAUACCGCACCUUAAAUCAGUAGAUUUUGGUGCCGUACGGACCAAGUUGGAGCCACGAGUGGAUACAGAGACAUUCAAGGCGGCCGUGGAGAGCCUUCAUCCCUCACCAACUGAUUCGGUCCCCCUCUGGGUCAACAAUGCCUCCGUGGCUGCCCUGCCCUUAAAGGCAAGCCGACACAAUGCACCCUCACGAGCCCACGCCCUCACCAAGCUGGUUAAAAGCUACCUGCCUGGUCUGAGCAAGGAGUGCAUAGUGGUGGUAUGUGAACGUAGCAGUGCGUUUGCGUUGGCCUGCGCCGUCGCCCGAGCUUUCCCGCUGUUCUCGCGGAAGGCCGGCCACAAGUCAGCCGGGGCACGGGUGGUGACCGUGGAGUUCAUCCUUGUCGGUGAGGACAGAGGCAAGGCUUUGACGGAGGAGGACAUCAAGACAAUGGCAGUGACUGCCGACGCCAUCAGGCACACAGCACGCAUUGUGGAUACACCCUGCAAUGAGAUGAACACUGACCACUUUCUACAGGAGGUGCAGAGGGUCGGUGCCGAACUUGGGAUCCAGCCGUUCAUCGUACGAGGCGAGGAGCUGCAGAAGCGAGGUUUUGGAGGUAUCUACGGCGUAGGCAAGGCGGCAGCUAACCCUCCAGCCAUGGCAGUGCUCAGCUACAGGCCAGACUCUGCAACUCAGACCAUCGCUUGGGUCGGGAAGGGUAUCGUCUACGACACGGGAGGCCUGUCCAUCAAAGGCAAGACAGCCAUGCCGGGAAUGAAACGCGACUGCGGGGGAGCAGCCGGGGUGCUGGGAGCAUUUGCAGCUGCCGUUAAACUGGGUUUCAAGGAGAAUCUCCAUGCCAUUUUCUGCCUGGCUGAAAAUUCAGUGGGACCUCUGGCCACACGCCCCGAUGAUGUUCAUAUCCUGUACUCUGGAAAGUCAGUUGAAAUCAACAACACUGAUGCAGAAGGUCGUCUAGUCCUUGGCGAUGGUGUAGCCUACGCCGUGAAGGACCUGAAGGCUGAUAUUAUACUGGACAUGGCCACACUGACUGGUGCCCAGGGCAUUUCCACUGGCAAAUACCAUGCUGGACUAUUGACCAAUAGCGAGGAGUGGGAGGAGGCCUGCGCUAAAGCUGGCAGGAGCAGCGGUGACUUGGUGUUCCCUCUUGUGUACUGUCCUGAGCUUCACUUCUGCGAAUUUGGCAGUCCCGUCGCAGACAUGAAAAAUUCCGUCAUGGAUAGAGGUAAUGCACAGAGUUCUUGUGCUGGACUGUUCAUAGGAGCUCACAUUGGGUUUGAUUACCCAGGUACCUGGAUCCAUCUUGACAUAGCUUCUCCCUCGCAUAGCGGAGAGAGAGCAACGGGUUACGGUGUGGCUCUCUUGGUGGCGCUCUUCGGCCGCGCCUCCUUCUCACCCCUCCUGCAGUCCGUCUCGCCACUCGGAGAGCAGCUGUCCAAUGAGGAGCAGCUUGUGGAGAACGCCAGUAAGAAGAUACGGCUGGUGUAAAGGGGCAGAAACUGCACCUUCAGUAAAUGCCUCAUGAACAGAAUUGCAAGUGGUACACAUCCGAACCACUGCAGAGAAAUUGAUCUCACCUCGUGAGAUGAGUCUCCCGUCUGUUUUCCACUAGUGUUUAGUAUGCAGAUGAAAACAUUCUUAGUACCUCAUUUGGAUUUAUCUUUAUUAGCUUAGCAUCCUUUUUACGUACAGUGAGUGAAAAUAUGACAAGUUCCUUGUGAUUUCCAUUGCACAAGAUGGCUUCACAAGCGUGUAAUUUAACAGUAGUUCUGGCAGUGUGUGACUGCCCUAGAUGGUUUGAGUCAUGAUUUGAACGUAGUCAUGAUUCCAACAGACUAUUUUUUUUCCUUCCAGCCUCUGUUUGGUUACAUUGCUUUGAAUGGUAUAGAAGCAAGAUGGCUGCCCUCUGAUAGAGGUCCAUAGAUCCGGUUGCAGUUGCAGUUUUUUUGCCCACCGGUUGCUAGCAAAACCUACGGCUGGCCAUCAGUUCAUAUAAUAUAAAAGAACAGUUCACAAACUGUUCAAAGAAAUCUUGCACUGCUAUUAAAAUGCUGUGUGAAUACCACUUUUGAAUACUAAAUGAAAAUAACUCCCCCAUUUGUUCAAAUGGGACAAAUGUGCCCUUCAGCUGUCUACAGCCAAGGAUGAACUUUCUGUAAUCUUUGGCAGCCAAAACAAAAUGGUACGUAAUUUCAGUGAACAAAAAAAAGGCAACUGCACCUGAGAAAUCCACCAACCAGCAGCUGAAAUUUAUUUCCAAUUAGCUCGUGUUAGAACCCAGUGGAGCCAAGAAUUUUGGAUUUAGUUCAUUUGUUAAACUUUAGUGUCAAUCUCUCAUCAAAAGCAUUGAACUCUCUUCAUUAGAUAGAACAUAGUUUAGUAUUUUUAAGGUUAAUGAAGUUAUUCAGUUUUCAUUUUAUAUACCUUCCCUCCCCCCGUUCAUGUAGUCUGCUACCGAGCUGCUCUUUAUUUCUGUAAUCAUUUCUAGUUAUAGAGAUUCAGAUCUUAAGUCGUUUUGAUGUAAGAGAUUUAAGUGUGCAAAAUACAUUGCUUUUGUACUCUCGUUGUUAGUUUGACGUUGACAAGUAAUUGUCAACUGUAAUUGUAAUUCUAAUAGGAAAUACACGAAAGACUAUUUUAUUUCAAAAAUUCCCCAGUAAAUGACAUCCUCGGUUGUAAACACACAGUUCACUAUGAUCGAGAACGAAGAUAAUGCCCAAUACAAGUGACUUCUAAUGACAGCAAAAGAUAAACACUGCUGUUUUGAACAACUUUUUUAUUAAUAUCUGACAUGUACUUUUCUUUACACAAGAUAUGACGCAGUGAUUUAAAAUUCUAUGUUACAAAUUACUCUCAAGAAAUGCCUGUAAAUUAAGAGAAAAUCUUAGACUUUUGUUGCUAUAAUUUUACUUGUUUCCCACCCAUCUGUCAUCAUGUAAUGCAUUUAAGUAUCCUCUUGCUGUAUGACUCCAAGGGAUUUUCUGGCCCAGUUAUUUUAAAGACCUUACGCUCCAUAGCAUAACUUAGCUUCCCCUACCUAGUUUUACUACAUAGCAUACAGCCAACAUUUAGACUUCCAAAGUACUGUUCAGCGUAGCAAAGUCCGUAUUAAAAGUAGGAUUGUGAGAGGCAAAAAUGAAAUUGCUUUGGAUUUCAGUCGAGAAAAUAAUGCAUUCCUCGGAAGUCUGGA